AUGAUUUUCUUGACUCUGAUCACAUCGCAGUCUCAUUUAGAUGCAAUCUAUUUAAAUCCAAACCGUUUCAGCUACAAGGUAAGCAACUAAAUUACAGAAAAUGUGAUUUUGAGUCGAUGAAUCAGAGAUUGGCAUCUAUAGAUUGGGAUCUUGAACUUGCCAACAUGCCGAAUAUCAACUGCAAGUACAAGUAUUUUCUGGAAUUGGUGGAAGAUAUGCUAUUGAAUUACUGUCCUUCAUUUCCUCGACGUUCAACCGAUGUAAAUAUCGACAGAAGACUGAAACGCUUGCGGAAGAAAAUCAGGAAAAUGGGAUAUCCAAAUGGUAUUAAGUUGAGAAACUGGAAGAGGAGAUUAUUGAAGAAUGAGAAAUUGAAUAUUAUCAAAAAUGACUUCAAAAUCGCCAAUACUGGAAACAACAAGCUUAUCCAGAAAGUGAUUUCGCGUCGUCUCAGAAUAAAUACGGAUAUUAGUUCAUUGAUUCAUGAAGGAGAAUGCGUAACAUCAGAGGCGAGAAUGGCUGAAGUUUUCUUGGAAAUAUUCUCGAAAAACAUGAGAACGUCAGGUAUUACUCUGGACCACAGUCAUCACUUUCUUUUUAUCCAUUUAUUGUUCACAAAACCCUAGAAUCACUAGCACCGAAGCUUGGCUUCUCGUCCAAUCACAUCAAUUUCUUUGUCCUCAAACAUUGUGCUGUUUCACUGGCCAUUCCGCUAUCCAUAUUAUUCUCAGAAGUCUACGAAAAGUGCGUAUUCCCUGACGAUUGGAAAAAAUCCACCAUUGUACCUAUUCACAAAAAAGGUAGUCACAGUGAUCCAAACAACUAUAGACCAGUGGCUCUCACCUCUCCACUUUGUCGAGUAUUUGAGAAAAUUGUUGCAAGCUACAUUCGCACCAGAUUCAGUUGUAAAUUUGCACCUCAACAACAUGGCUUUCUCAGUAAACGGUCAUGUAAAACAACACUAUUACACUGUGUCACGAGCUGGAAAAUGGAACUCGAGUUAGGAAAUAGCAUAGACGUUGUCUACAUUGAUUUCCAAAAAGCGUUUGAUAACCUAGACCAUGCACUUCUAUUAGGAAAACUUGAACAAUUUGGUUUACCGAAGGAUCUUGUGAUGUUUUUAGAAGCAUUUUUUUAAAGAUCGGAAAUCAUUCGUCAAGGUAAACUCACAUGUGUCCAGUUCAUGUUUUGAUGUUUUGUCCGGGGUCCUCCAGGGAACUGUCACUGGCCCUCUACUUUUUCUAAUUUUUAUUAACGAUCUUGUGGAUAUAAUUCCGAAAAAUGUUAAAAUCCAAAUAUUUGCAGAUGACGUAAAAGUUUACGGUUCUGAUCCAAAUGCACUACAGAAAGCGCUUGAUUUGAUUCAAGACUGGUCUGUAAAAUGGGAUCUUCCAUUAGCGCCAAAUAAAACAACAGUUUUACAUCUUGGAAAUAAAAAUCCCAGGGUCAACUACUAUAUGAAUGGUUCCAUGAUUGAAUCCUCAAAAGUGGUUCGAGAUCUUGGCGUAUGGGUGGACGAGAAGUUGAACUUUGAUCAUCAUAUCAAUAUAACUGUUCAGAAAGCCCUCUGGAAGACCCGGCAAUUGCUAAAAGCCUUCAGAUUUGGUAAACUUCAUACUUAUUUAUCGUUGUAUAAAACUUAUAUUGCACCAAUUAUCGAUUAUGGCUCCGAAGUUUUUCGGCCAUUUAUAUCCAAAAAGGCAUCAUUAUUAGCAGAAAUGUCACUUCGAAGAUACACGAGAUCAAUAUUUCGUAGAUGUAAUGUGGCUUUCAGUUCAUAUGAGGAUAGAUUAAAACAGUUAGAGUAUUGCAGUGAGGAAAGGAGGAGUUUGAAUUCGGGGCUUUUUACUUUUCUCGGGCUCUUGGAGGGUACCACUUACUUUCCCGAAAUUGAUAAUCUAGUUUGCAGAAAAAAUCCCCUCGAUAUCCUCUGCAGCGCAAUCUCACCCAACAAUGCCCACUCCAAAGCUUCUUUGGAAAAAUCGUCCCAGUUUGGAACGAAAUUAUAAAACAUAUCGACCCGUCCACCAGCACAAAACAACUACGUAAUUUCAUUUCUUCUCUAUCGGAUUCACAACUAAUUGGAACAUCUCAAAAUCCUUGGCUCACGAAUUCUCUUGUAAGGAAUUAGGAGUCACUGUAUUGUUAUUUAUUAAUCAUAUUAUUUUUCUCAACUCAUGUGUCAUAAUUUUUCUUUAAACUUGUCAUAUUAUGUAAAUAAUCAUUUUCGGGUACGAGCUCGGGUCAAAUAACUAUGUUUUUUUUUGUUGAAAGAAUUGAACACUUAUGCUAAAAAAAAAGUCAUACAAAAAAUUACUUUUGCGAAAAAUAAUUGACCAAAAGACGAGGGUUAUUCAAAAAUGGCGAGGGUUGAACAGACAAGGGUUGUAAAAAACUGGCAAGGGUUAAUCAGACGAGGGCUGAUUGACGAGGGUUGUACUUUUGACCUCUUAGAAAGGCUUGGGAAGUAUCUCAUUUUUUGGAGCUCGGGGGAUUUUCUAAUGAUCUUAGAAAGGCUUGGGAAGUAUCUCAAUUUAUUUGGAGCUCGGGGGAAUUUUGUAAUGGUAUUAGAAAGGAGUUUUCUAUAGGGAGUUCCUUAUGGACUACCAUAAAGUGGUUCCUAAAUUUUUUACGUAUUGUCGUAAUUGAAAAAUGUGGCCGCCGUAAAAAAUGAAAACCAGUGCAGAACUGAAUGAAGAAUGAAAACAACUGGACUUCGUCAGUCGCGUGCGGCUGUGCGGCACGGUCGGAAAACAAUCAAUAAUUCAUUUUUCCUUUCUUUUCCGACCGCGCCGCACAGCCGCACGCGACUGAUGAAGUCCAGUUGUUUUCAUUCAUUCAGUUGUGCACUGGUUUUCAUUUUUUACGGUGGCCACAAUUUCGAAUAGUCAUUUUUUCAACAAAAAAUCCCAUCUAAAUUCUUCAAAAAAGUAAUUAUUUGAAUAGUUUUGAUUUCCAAUAAUCUUUUUUCAUGUUUUUUUUUCAGGAACUAUCAAAUAGUCAACAGCAAAAUACAUCGGAUUAUCUUUGUUAUUCCAGUCAGAUUCAUUUAUGCAUCGUACAAAGUGAAAAAAAUGCGAAAAAUCAAAAAAAUAACGUGCAAACAGAGGCAUUUUUUCGAGCAUUUGUUUCGCGUUUUCUGGUGUUUUUGGAGCCAAAAUGAACAGAAAUUGAAAGGAUUUGUCUGAAAUAGCGUUUUUACUGAUAACAGAGGAAAAAUCAAUGGUGAAACAAGAAAAAAAACGAUUUUGAAAAUUUCAAAUUUUUUCGACCUUUUCGUCAUUUUUUCGACAAACUCAUUUUUCAUGUUUCAUCACCGAUUUUUCCUCAAUUAUCAAUAAAAACACCAUUUCAGACAAAUCCUUUCAAUUUUUGUCCAUUUUGACUCGAAAAACACAAGAAAAUGCAAAAAUAAUGCUCGAAAAAAUGCGAUUUCUGCGAAAAAAAUGCGUCUGUUUGCACGUUAUUUUUUUUUUUGAUUUUUCGCAUUUUUUUUACUUUGCACGAUCCAUGAUUGAUUCCUUUGAUGUUUUCAAGGUAUUUUUUUUUAUUUUAUACUUUGUUAAUGAUUGAUUAACGUCAAGUUGAAAAAAGGAAAUAUUCAAUUGUAAAGCGUUUGUGUUCAAAAUCUAUGUUUUCCUCGAAUUUUGACUGAAAAAGGUGAACCUUGAAAAAAAACGCAGAAAAUUCAAACGUUCCGCCUGUUCGCUAUAGCGCGUUUGCCUAAGAUGAGCAAUAUUUCAAAAACAUUGCAUACAAUAUAUGAAUCUGUUCCUUUUUCAUUCGAAACCGGUGGUCACAAAUUUGACGAUAACACCGGUGGACCACCAGCUUAACACUGGCUUAACACCGUUUGAACACCGUCUGAACACCAAAAAGAGGUGUUCCACCGGUGUUUUUUCUCAUUUUUCCCACCGGUUUCCCACCGGUGGGAUGAUUUGCCUGAGUCAAUAAUUCGAAAUGUAAAACAAGUUCAAAGUUCAUAAAAACAGUGAAACGUCGUGUAAAAUGGCUAGAGAAAAUGCAUGUUUUUCUCGCACUCCAUCUUCAACAUAUUUUUUUUCUACUUGAAUCAACCCAUGAAGAAAAUGGGCUGUGUCUAUAAAUAUGGUUAGAAUGAGAAAUAUAAGUCAGCCGUUGUACGCUGGUCUCUGCGUAUCUUACAUUAUAUUGUCUCUCUAUUUUGCACACUAUCUCUUUGGGCGUAUACACAUGGGAAAUUGGUCUCGUUUGGAAAAGGGAAAACUAAUACGAUAGAGAGACAUGAAACGAUGCCAACUGAAUUAUUUACGGUGUUUUUUGUUGUUUUCAAAUAAAAAAUUUAUCGAAACUUAUUAUGUAAAUACGAUGACAGUAAGGCCAGUUCAACUUACAACAAAUCUAGGAGAAUUGCCUUUAUUAGCAUUCAUUCAAUUGGCAAAAUGCUUGGAAAAACACGAAUUAUGGCUGAAAAUUGUUGAUGAUCAGGUGGAAAGGUCAAUUUUCUCAAUGUCUCAAGAAGAUAUCGAGAAUCUUGAAAAACAUGUUGAAGUUGGAAGUGUUUUAUUGAGAACAUUAGGAAAUCGAGGACAAACUGUUAUGGAUUUACUGAGAAGAUUGCAGAAACUAGGAAUGUAUUAUGGUGAUCCUUUAUUCGAUCUUCCACAACUUGUUUUGAGCAGGAAAUUCAGUGAGUUCAAGUUUUAAGAAAAUCAUGAAAGUUCAUAUCAAUAGCCAGCUUUGAAAAAAUGCCCACUAGUAUCAUUUUGACAAUUCAGCAAAGUAUUUCGAAAAAAAGUAAUCCAAAUUUAAGAAUUUAGGCUCUUUUUGGUGAACGGCUUCGAACACUCAGCAUCCGCUGGCGUAGUAUAAGCGUACAAGCGAGCGUAGCUAAGGCGGUGUAUGACGUGCCAAACGCUCGUUUGUACGCUUGAGACUACGCUGAGGUGUAAAUCUUAGCUACGCUCGUUUUUAUUUUCAAUUCAAUUUUUUUUCUCGGUGGCUUGCUCGAUUGGAAUCGAAUUCUAGGUUUAUUACCAAUAUUGCUUGUUGAAUGUGCAGAUUUCAAAAUUUUUCGAUGGAAUUGUAUAGAAACAUGAUUUAUUAGAUAGUAGAACAAAAAAAAAUAGGAAAAUGAGAGAAAUAACAUUGAAAAAUCGAUGAAUUAGGUAAUUUUGAGUGUUUCUUGACAAUCAGACAUUCUUUUUGAGACAGCGUGAGAUGAUUAGAAGAAAUUUACUGGUGUUGAAUGAUGGUGUUGGGAGCCAUGUGAGAAUUUGAAAUCCUUGUAGAAUAUUUAGAAUACCAGUGUCCGAGCCUGAAAUAAUAACUGACUUAUUAAAAUGUUUUGUAGUGAAUAUUAUCAGGCUUGUGCGGAAAAUAGGUUUUCGGAAAAUUUCGGAAAACCGUGUUUUUCCGAAUCCGUCCGGUCGGAAAAAGUUUUCCGAAGUUAUUUUCCGACUUUUUAUUUUCGGAAAAAAGUUUUCCGACUGAUUUUUCCGACUUAAUUUUUCGGAAAAACGGAAAAUUUCGGAAAAAAUUUCAAUGAAGAAAUAAUAGGAAUUUUUGCUGGUUUUUGAGUUGUGUUGAAGUAGUUUCAACAAAUUCAGCAGUUUUCACGGUAUUUUGUCACUUUUGUUGAAUAUUACUAACAACUUACUAUAUUUUUCACAACUACCAAAAUUAUUUCGUGAUAAAAUUAGCAAAAAUUCCUGAAAAUCGCCUAUUUUUUCACUUUUUCGGAAAAUUAUUAGUCUCGGAAAAUUUUCGGAAAAUAAGUUUUUCCGAAAAUAUUCGUCGGAAAAAUUUUCCGACCAAAAGUUUUCCGAGUUUUUCGGCCGGAAAAUUUUCCGACUCGUAUUUUUUCCGAAAUUUUCCCAAAAAGUCGGAAAAUCGGAAAAAGCGUUUUCCGUUUCCGCACAAGCCUGAUAUUAUGACUUAUAUUGACCAAAAUCAAGACCUUCUGACCAGGAUAUUGGAGGUGAGUAAUCAAGUCAGUUGUUUUGAGCCUACCGCCUCACAUUUUGGAAAUGUUCUUAAGUUUUUGCUCAUAAUAUCUUUUGCUCACCUUUUCCAUGAUUCAGCUCGCUUCACAUCACAAUAUCGAUAAGAAUAUUCGAAGUUGUGUCAAAUUCAAAAAUCACUGACAAUGUUGAUCUUCAAAUUCUCUACUGUCCGGGUUUGGUAUGAAGUUUGUAGUCAUAGGAAAUUCGAUUCGAUUUUCUCUCCGAAUUUCGAAGCUUGUGUAGUUGAAUCCAAACCACCGACAGUGGACUGACAACCAAACAACAUUUUUAGCUCUGAAAUAAAAUAAUAUAUUCUCAAUAUUGAUAGAAUUAUGUGACUUACUUAAAUCUGCGAAAAAUGCAGUGCAGGUUGACAUCACAAGCCACGAUUCAAGACUGAAACAUAGAAAAAUUGAUUAGAGAACGAUUACAACCAAAAAUAAUGAGCAUAAUCGAGUAAAAUUCAUAGGUAAAGUUUUAUAUUUCCUACUUUUGAUCUGUUGAAAUAAUUUCUCACUGAAAAUCUUCACACGAGAGCCAGUUUUCUAGUGAAAACCUCGUUCAGUGAGUUGUUUGGAAACGAAAAGUCAUUAUACUCAGAUAUAACAUAACUGACAAGUAUAAUUCAUGCUUUAAUCAUAUUAAUACGCCCAAAAAGACAAAUUUUAGGCCACGAGAAAACAAAAAGAAAAAGUGAAAAACUUGCACGCAACGCACAGGAUUUGCAACGCGGUUUCAGUGUAGCUACGCUCAGUCUACACUCGCAAAAUUACAACGAGCGUAGCUAAGCCUCAGCUAAAUUUCAUCUAAAUACCCCUUGCUUGUACGCUUAGACUACGCCAGCGGAUGCUGAGGCAAAAAAAAGAAAAAAAACUGGCGGAAAUUUGCGUGUGUGGUGUUUACAGAAAACUCUACACAUUGCAGACUUGGGAGUCUACAGUAACCCGAAAUUUUUUUUAUUUUUUUGUAAAAAUUGAAUUGCUGUUUUCAGAAGAAAUCCGUUGGUUGAGCGAAGAACAAGUUGCUGUUUCUAUAGUUGGGAAUGUAAUUCGUCUAGAAUGCAAAGCUGGUGGAUUUCCAACUCCCGAUUUCAAAUGGUAUGAUUCAAAUUCAACAAAAAAUGAAAUUGCAAUUGGAAAAUAUAUUGAUUUGAUAAGAUGCAAAUGCUCAGCCGAAAUUCUUUACAAAUGCUAUGCUUCAAAUGUUGUUCCGGAUGGUUUCACUUUUUCUGGAGAAUAUAGAAAACCUGGCAAAAAAUAUCGAUCAAGUUUGGAAUCCAGUUGGAUUGAUGUUACUUCUUUUGUCAGAGAUGAUGAAUGUUAGUUUAUUAUUUUUUCUAAAAAAAAACAAUUAUAUAUUUCUUCUGUUUCAGUAUGCGAAGCAUGUCGAUCUCGCGAAUUCGCACGUUAUGAACAAAUUUUGAAAGAUGAAGACGAAGAAGAUGAUGACACUGAUGGUUUGCCACUUCCAUAUUUUCAACAACCUUCAACAUCUAAGUCAAAUGCUACAAAUGCUCCAAAAGAAAUUGCCGAACUUCUCGCAGCUGACAAAGUUGCCCUAAUAAUGUCAAACUGUUCCUAUGCUCAUCUUCCCGAAUUAGUCACUCCACAUUGCGAUGCUCAAACUCUUGCCGAUUCUCUUCAAAAAAUGAAUUUCAAAACUGUAACAUUAGCUGAUUUGACACUAGAUGAAAUGCGUUUUUUUAUUCGAGAAUAUCGAAAAUUAUUAGGAAAUGGAGUUUAUGCUGUUUUCUAUUUUGUUGGUCACGGUUUUGAAGUAAAUGGACAAUGUUAUCUUUUGGGAAUCGAUGCACCACAAGAUGCUGAAAAACCAGAACAUGCAUUAAGUAUGGAUUGGAUGUUAUCAAUAUUUCGUGAUAUUUCACCAGCUCUUAAUUUGUUACUUUUAGAUGUUUGCAGAAAAUUCGUACCGUAAGUUUUUUCCUUUUUCGUGGUAUUGCAAACUCAUUAAUUUUGUUCAGAUUCCAUGCAAUUCCUUCUUUUGUUGAUUAUGCUGAACAAUUCAAAAGACAUCAUCGAGCACAUCGAAAUAUGGUUUACGGAUAUUCGACGAGCGGUGGAGUUGGAGCAUAUGAAGUGAAAGGAGAAGUUAAUGGAGUUUUUAUGAAAUAUCUCAAAAAUCAUGUGACACUUAAUUGUUCAGUUAUCGAUAUGCUGAAUAAAGUUCUAAACGGUGAGAUUUUAAAUCAACGUGUGAAUUUUAAAACAUUGGCUGGAAAUUGAUUUUUAGGUAGAAAAAAGUUCAAAAUCUUGAUCAAAAUUCCCGAAUCAAGAAAACCCAAAAAGCGAUUUGUAUCUUAUUCAAAAACUAAAGCUUUCUCUAACUCAAUCUAUAAAUCAAAAAUUAGAAGUACUGUAUUUUUCGUUAUUUUCUUCAAAAUACUCCUAUUUUCUAUGAUAGGAUAAUAAUCAAGUUUUAAUUUGAUAUCUUGAUACAGUAAUAUAAAAACCCGCCCAUUUUUUAUCGAAAUUUCCAGAUAUUGGAGAUGAUAAAAAAGUGUGUGAUGUUCAAGUUCCUGAAAUCCGAACAACAUUAACUCGUCCAAGAAGUCUUCAAGAUCCUUUACAAUUCGAUGGACAUACAGCUUCAUUUGAUAAUCACACAGUUCAUUGGCGUUUGAUGCAUGAAUUGCCAAAUCCAGUAAAUGUUCGAUUUGAAGACCAAAAACUAUUCGCAACAAUUUGGUUUCAAUUUUGCGGACAUUUUACAAACAAAGUCUAUGUUUUGAGUUCAAUUUCUGAUUUGCCAUCUGAAAAUGAGCAAGAAAUUGUUGAUUUGAGUGAUCAUGCAAGAAGUCAUCGAGUUAUUUUAUCAUUUCCAAAUGAAUUACAAUGUUCUGAACCAAAAGAAUAUUCGGAUGAUGAAGAAGGUGUUUCAAUGUAUUCUAUUUUAUCUGGUCUUCAAAAAACUUCUGUGAGUUUCUAUUUUAUUUGAAGAAAAAUUAAAUUUAAAGGGGUUGUCCUUCUUCGUGAAAAAGCAAGCCCGCAAUUGUGCGUCAGUGUUUUUAACUAACUAAUAUAAAUGAGUCUACAUGAUCAAGCUAUUUUUCUAAACACGGAAUUUUCAAGAAAAACCUUAGCCCAAGCUAUUUAGCUAAUCUGGCCUCGUAGGAAGACAACCCCUUUAAGAAAUCUCGAAAAAUGUUUUUUCGUUUUUUUUUCAGAAUUAUCUGAACAAAACAAACAAAUAUGAGAAUUGAAAUUAAUUUCAGGGCGAUGGUGAACUUGUUUGCUGUGUUCGUCUUUUCAAUCUUGAUGAAAACACUCUAGUCACUCAAAAAAUGGUGGAAAUUGGUCACGUUUUGAUAACACGUAUAAAAUGUCUAUAA